AUGAAUAAUUUUUUAGAUGCCAUUUCUUCGUCUUCAUCAUCUAAUGAAGAUUUCGAUGAUGAUGAGUUGGUUAUGCACACAUUGUUGUCUGCGGCAUACGACAUUGUACGUCAGAGAGGCGAAACUUCAAAUGUCGAGAAGAAACGAAGAAAGUCGAUCAACCGGGAUCGAGAGGCGGCGAACGAACUUUUGGUACGUGAUUACUUUAACAUUGAUAGUUUAUAUGACCUAUCGAAGUUUGAGGAUCGCUUUCGUAUUAGUAGAAAUUUAUUUCUACGUAUAGCUAGAGAUUUGGAAAACAAUUAUGAGUUCUUCCAUUUGAGAUGGUAUGCUAGGGGUAAACGUGGGUUUACUACGUUUCAAAAAUGCACAACAGCUCUUAGACAAUUAGCGUAUGGCAUAGCCGCAGACGCUUCAGAUGAAUAUUUGAAGAUGUCUGCGAGGACCGGUCGAGAAUGCACAUAUCUUUUUUGUGAGUAUGUAAUAAAGCUUUAUGGCGACAUAUACUUGCGAAAUCCGACCAGAAAUGAUGUCGAACAGUUGUAUGCCGCACAUCAGGCUAAACAUGGAUUUCCAGGAAUGCUAGGUAGCAUUGAUUGUACACAUUGGGUGUGGGAAAAUUGUCCCAAUGCAUGGCGAGGGCAAUUCACACGAGGUGAUCAUGGUGUGCCUACUGUUAUACUAGAACCAGUUGUUUCACAGGACCUCUGGUUUUGGCAUGCAUUUUUUGGUAUGGCAGGUUCAAACAACGACCUGAUUGUGCUUGGAGCAUCUCCAUUAUUUAACGAUAUUUUGCAGGGUAAAGCACCAAACAUGUCAUACGUUAUUAAUGGACGUGAAUACAAUCAUGGAUAUUACCUUACUGAUGGGAUAUAUCCAGAGUACGCUACAUUUGUCAAGUCAUACACAUAUCCAGCUGAUGAAAAAAGGAAAUUGUUCAAAUUAGCACAGGAAUCUGCAAGGAAGGAUGUGGAGCGGACGUUUGGGGUCCUCAAACAGAAGUGGCACAUAAUCAAAUAUCCAGCACGAGUAUGGGAAAGGGAAAAAUUGAUGAAGGUGAUGAAAGCGUGUGUUAUUUUACAUAACAUGAUCUUAGAAGAAGAGGGUAGAGCUUUUUGUACGUAUUCUCCGAAUGAUAUGCUCAAUCCACAUGCAGUAAUACAAGUCGGUAGCCCAGCAUACUUUACAAGGCUUUUGGAAAUACAAAAUAGUGAAACACAUCACAAUUUACGUCAAGAUUUGACUGAACACAUAUGA